AUGCUGAGCAUCAGCGACCGAAAGCAUAGCAAUGUUGGUCUGAGCGGGGAAACGCAAGUGGAAUCCGGCGCCCAUGGCGGGCAACAACACCAGCCCAGGUCAAGCAAUCCACUCGAGGACAGCAAGUUUUCCAACAAUACCGGCCAUAGCGAGUCCAGUCCAACAAGUGGUUCAUAUUUUACGAGGCGAUUUACGAAGUCAUUGUCGUAUAAAUGGCGGGACAAGAGUCCUCGAGAGGAAGUGCCAGUAUCUACCGGGCUGAGGCUUCUACACAACUCGAAUGAUCCUCAACUGGAUCUGAUAUUUGUCCAUGGCCUCAAAGGCCAUCCAGUGAAGACCUGGCGCAAGAGCGGAGAUGAGCAAACAUUUUGGCCGCAGUGCUGGCUACCAUCUGAGCCCGGUUUUGAGCAUGUCAAUAUCCAUACCUUUGGCUAUGAAGCCAACUUCGCAGAUGCUAAGCUCCCAAGCAUAUUGACCAUUAACGACUUCGGUCAAUCAUUGUUUGAACAGAUGCGGAAUUGCCCGCAUUUGAGAAAUAAUGAGAGGGCAUUCCUACUUGCUAGAGAGACACCCGAAUUUCAGAGCCGGAUACAAACCAUCUUCUUUCUUGGCACACCUCAUAGAGGAUCUAAAUACGCCAAAAUAUUAAGCAGGAUUCUCAGCCUUUCUGGCUCGUCAUCGCCAAAUUAUGUCAAAGACCUAGAGCUCGACUCGGUAGCCACACAGGUGCUUAAUGAGGACUUUAGCAAACAAGCUCACGAUAUUCACAUCUACUCCUUUUAUGAAACAAAGGAGAUGAAGCUUGGCAUGACGUCUGGCAUAGUUGUGCCCAGAAACUCUGCUAUUUUGGGCCCGGGCUUCAAGAACGAACGAGUUCAAUACCUCAUCGCAGACCACAAAGAGAUGUGUAAAUUCAACAGUCCCAAGGACGCUAACUUCACAAGGCUUGCAAAUGCCUUGUCUGAGGCUGUUGAAGGCUUACUGACGAAUGGACGCAAUGAGAAGAAGGAGGAGAGUAAAGAGCAACUAAAUUCCCUCAUGGCAUAUUUGUCACUCCCAGAACGUCUCGAUGAACGCUACCAUGCGGUCGAGGGAUCAUGCCAAUGGAUCGACGAAUUCGAUGAAUUCAAAGAAUGGAAAGAUGUCGAUGCAACGACAUUGGGCCCCCAUACAGAAUCCUCUAGGUAUACUCCAGCAUUCUUAUGGGUUCAUGCAAAUCCAGGGACAGGGAAGACUGUUCUCGCGGCCCAUGUCGUAAAGCAGCUUCAGGAACUCGACUUUGAAUGUGCUUCUCACUAUUUCCACCUUGGCGGCAGAGCGUCACAGUCCUUGGCGUACUUUUUGCGGUCCAUCGUUUUCCAAAUGGCUGCGCAAAAUACAGUAAUUUGCGAGAAGCUUUUAAAUCUCUGUGAUGAAACCUCUCUGCCGGAUCUAGAUGAUGGUCGCUCCAUUUGGUCGAAGCUUUUCAGCAGAGGAAUCUUUCAAAUUCAUGGACUUGCUCCGCAGUACUGGGUCGUCGAUGCGAUGGACGAGUGCGUCAAAUACCAGGAGUUUUUCACCAUGCUGAAAGGUGAACAGCCUAGUUUCCCAUUGCGCAUAUUUGUCACGAGCAGAACAGUUCCAGAUAUGGCCCGCCUGUGUCGGCUGCUAGAAGCAACAUUAACCUUGAGCAUCCUUGAGAUUUCGGAGCGCUGCAGCAUGUACGAUAUAAGCUGUUACAUCGAGGCUCGCAGAGGAAGCCUCCCUGCUACUAGUGCUGAAGAACAGUCCCAGUUAGCAGCAGAAAUUCUAAGACGAUCAAACGCCUGUUUCUUAUGGGUAAAACUGGUGCUGGACGAGCUUGAGCAAGUUUACUCCAGUGAAAGUAUCUUUCAAGUGCUGCAUACGAUUCCAGAUAGCAUGGUUCCGUACUACGAACGAACGAUUGUGGCAAUGCUAGGCAACAAGCACGAGAAACAUAUUGCAAAGGCUCUACUACUUUGGACUGUGGGAAGUACUAGGCAAUUGAAAGCAACAGAGCUCUCUCAGGCUUUGAAGAUGGAUAUAGAAAUCAACCUACCAAACCCCGAGGACGCAAUCAAAGGCCUUUGUGGUCAGCUGAUCUCCGUUGACAAGUAUUCCGGCAUCGUUGAUGUUGUUCAUCCCACUGUCCGAGAGUUUCUCUUAACGGAUGCUGCAGGAGAGUUCAAAAUAAGACGCUCUGUAGCUCACGAAAGAAUCGCCCUUGUUUGCCUCAAAGCCUUAAUGAGCCAUGAGUUGCAACCCAGCCGUGGCCGCCCAGGCGCGCAGCGACGGGUUUCACACUCCCCGUUCUUGUCCUAUGCCAUGACGCAAUUUUCAGAGCAUGUCCAGGGGGCAUCGUCAGAAAGCAGCGAUCUUUUGAUGGAAAUUGAUCGAUUCUUUCGCACCAAUGCUCUAAUUUGGAUUGAGCAUAUCGCUCAUAAAGGCGAUCUUCAUGUAUUAAUGAGAGCCUCAAAAAAUCUAAGAGCAUAUCUGGAUCGAAGAGCCAAGUCCAUAUCACCACCCAACCACGAGCUGAAACACAUCGAAGAUUGGUCCACUGAUCUCAGUAGAAUACUUACCAAAUUCGGUGACGCAUUACUAAUGAAUCCAUCCGCCAUUUAUUUUUUGAUACCCCCGCUAUGUCCACGCAACUCUGCCAUACACAGCCAGUUUGGAGGCAAGCAAGGGAGCUUGAAGAUUAUUGGUUUCAGUCAAGAAGUAUGGGAUGACUGUGCUGCAGAACUGACCUUCGGAGAGGAGAUGGCGUCUUCGGUCUCAUGUGGGGAGAACCUCGUUGCUGUCUCCAUGGCCUCAGGCUUAAUAAAUCUGUACAGUGCGCAAAGUUUUCAACAGGUCGGCGCUCUGCAUUCAAAGUGGUCAGUGGACAUUGUCUGCUUCACAGAUGAAUCAAUUAUUGUCUGUACCACAAAAACCCUUUCUCUCUUCGACAGACAAGGGGGGAAAAUUUGGGAAAAGAAAACAAGAACUCGCUGCAUCUAUCUGACGAUUUACGGGGAUGAAAUCUUUGGGGUCAGUGAGCAUGGCGCCGUGUUAACGUGGGCAAUGCCUGAUGGCAGGCUCCUGGACAACUAUCGUUUUGAGUUCAGGAAUCACCAAGCCGAUACAGAAUACAAUCAGCUGCAAGACAGAGUGCCUUCUGUCGCCUCAAUAUCCCCCGAUAUGCAGGUGCUGGCACUUGGGUACAGAAGUGGUACCGUCUGCCUCUGGGACAUUCAGAGCAAAGAGUUCAUAACCUGGGCUUUGGAUGAUAGGGAUAGACAGCCCUCACAAAUCAUUUUUAACCCAAACCCGAAUAUCAAUCUGUUCGUGGUGAUGUAUGCGAACCACACUAUGACUUCAUACGAGGCCGGAUGGGGCCAGAUGGUACAUUCAUACACGCCUCCUCGACAAUGUGGCGUAUCAGGGGCUACGUGCUCACCUGAUGGGAGGACGCUCGCUACAACUAAUACCCUUGGUCAUUUACAAAUAUGGGACUUCGAGACUUUGACAUUGCUAUAUGACCUUGAAGCACCCUCUUCAUCUUCUAGAAGUAUCAGGUUCACCUCCAGCGGAACCAGCAUCAUUGACCUCACUUCUCAGAGUAUGCGUGUCUGGUCGCCGAGCGCCCUCAUUCGGAAUGGCAUGGAUGAAGAAGAGAGCAUUAGAGACGACGUGGUAGCCAUCCCUGCUGUCAAAGGGCAAUACAAUCAAAUGAGAUCGCCCAGGAUCACAGCCUUGUGUGCACACCCCUCGUUGCCUCUGAUAUUCGCCGGCAGUGCUAUGGGUGUCGUCACCGCAUAUAGUUCCGACACGGGAUUAGAAUUGGGCGAGUUGUAUUCACAUUCGCUGAAACACAACAUCUCUCACAUCGCCGUGAGCAGGAAGAAUGCACUGACUUCGGCGGAUAGCGCUUGUGUCAUGAUGCACAAGCUUGACUUGAGCGAGCUCUCAUCGUCAAAAGUCACUUCAAUUAUCCUCUACGAAGAGCGCAUUCAGCAAGUCGUUAGCCAACUUUGCUACAGUGAUUCUGGAGAAUUUCUCGUGCUUUCAAGCAAAAGUUCCCACCGCUUCUUCUCUGACGAUGGAUCGUUGGUACAUACGCAUCAAAUCAUGGAACAUCAGAGAACCCCCUGCCAAUGGUUCCCAAUACCAGCUCGUGGAAAGGGGUCUGACUUCUUCCUGGUCCAUAACUGGGAACUGGCUCGAUACUCAAGUGACGACUUUUCUAAGCCUGUUCAAGGCUCCGAGAUUAAAUUACAAGUUGAUAAAGAACUCGAAGAUGACAACUUUAGCUUCGUCUCUGGAGCCAUUCAUCCGGACGGCCAGACCCUGGUUCUCGAAUCUGAGGAUCAUGUUAGCUUUCAGAAAUCUUCGACAACCUACGUCUUCGAGCUUGGCAAAUCUAGGAACCAACAAUUGAGGCCAUCGUGCAGAUUAGAAGCUGACUUUUGUCAACGCUUCUUUUCAAUCAGCCCGGCGACUAAAAAUGUCAACUUUUUACAUCGAAAUUCGUGGCUCUCCAGUCUGAGCCUGACGGAUCUAAACAAACAGAGCCCCAGCUGCACAUAUUCUCAGCAUUUAUUUGUACCAAACGAACUUGUGGCCAGUAGAAAUGGUUCUGAAGCCCGUUUCUUGGCUACUGCCACAGAUAACAUCAUAUUUUGCCUGCACGAUAAGCUUGUUAUUGAUUACUGA